AUGAUUGAGGUGGCCGACGGCUGCUUCCAGCAGCUCUACGGCGAGAUUGUGCGCUCGAUGCUCGAGCGCUAUCCGUGGCAGGUACACCGCUCGGACGAAGGAGCGACUGCGGGAGUGUCGACGGCAGAAGAAGAAGCGGCUGCGCAUCGUGAGGCGGUUAUACUCCGCCUUGAGGCCAUGGGAUAUGACGUCGGGUGUCGCUUCGCCGAGAGAAUAGCGAGGGAACGGCCGCGCAUGCUCGAGCCGCUGGACGUGAUCAAGUUUGUGUGCAAAGACUUUUGGAUCGCAAUGUUCGCCAAGCAGAUCGACAAGCUCCAGACCAAUCAUCGCGGCAUUUUCGUCGUGCAGGACUUUCGUUUCCGCUGGCUCGAGAGCAUCUCGGCUGCGACCGAGCAGGAGACGCGGGAGAUGGCGCUGCUCUUCCUCGUCUUUCCGUGCGGCUUGAUCCGUGGCGCUCUUGCCAACCUCGGACUCACUGCGAUCGUCAAUGCAGAUGUCCCGGACGUCCGUGCGCUUCCUGGAUGUCUAUUUAACAUUAAGAUUAAGCAAGGGUGA